UGACAUUUUAUUAUGACGUGUUUGUUGUUUAUAAUAAAAACAAAAAAACAACUGCAUAGAAUUAAGAAAAUUUUUUAAAAUUAGAAACUAUUAAUAAUUAAUUAAAAUGGCCACUAAGCUAAAUGUAAAUAUACGUACAUUAUUAGCCAAUUGUGAAGAAUUGGCAAAGGAAGAAGUAAAUUUUUGGCGUUUAAAGAAAUUUAUAAAAUCCCUAGACACUAUGAUCGAUGAACUUAAAAAUAUGGAAGAUCCCUAUAGCACUGAAAAAAUUCCUGAUUAUAUGAAAAGACUACAAAAUUUAAAGACCAUUACCAAUUAUAUUGACAGUCCACCACCAGCCAACCGCUUAAGGUCAACUAGACUAAGAGGUGGAGCCUCUGAGGCAGGAGAUGAAGCUCUCAAAGAAAUGAACCAACUACAAAGUUCCAAACAAUAUGCAGACUUGCGUAAGGAAUUGCUACAAGAAGAUACACUAAGAAGACGCAAAAACUUAGAAGAAGGAUCGGGUAGCGGUGAACAAAGUGAAGCUGUAAAAUAUAUAAGAGAAAAUCAGGAAAUGAUUACGGAGCAUAUGUUGUCCUUGACGCGAAAUCUGAGAGAACAGACAGAAACUGCUAAUAGAAUAAUUAAGAAAGACACUGAGAUGGUAUCUCGUUCGGCUGGCAUGGCAGAUCGUAAUAUUGGAGCUCUUAAUAAAGAAACUGAAAAGUUGGAGGAUCAUUCACGCAACGCCUGGAAAUGUUGGAUGUGGCUAAUGAUUGUUUUUGUGAUAGUAACAUUUAUAGUUAUGGUUUUAUUUAUGAAAAUAGUAAAAAAGAAGAAAUAUUAAGCAAAAAGGA